AUGGCCCCCGUUUCAGAAGACGAUUGUCCCGUCUGCCAAACAACACUCUCGCAAAUGAGUGAAGGGACAAGAGAAUCACAUGUCCAGACCUGCAUCGAAUCACAUCUCUCAGCACCGCUGAAAUAUCCCUCCUCUGCAUCCAAACUCCCUCAGAACUCUCGGGCACAAGAAAGCGAAGAUAAAGGAGAAUCAUGUCCCAUCUGCCAUACAUCAUACUUGACUAAAGACUUUGAUGGCAGCGACUCUGCUCGCGAAGCACACUUCUCUACUUGCUUUGAAUCGCAGUCAUCGAGCUCCAAGUUUGCACCAUCUCCUGGAUCGCCGCCUUCCUACAAUAGAGAAGGAACCUUCGACAGCAAUUCUAAGUCUUCAGAAGCAGCGUUCCCGUCGGAGAAAGGAGCCGCCUCAAAAUUAGGACCCACCCCAUCAAGAAGCGCGACCAUGCCAAUUCGUCAACCCGUUCCAACCGAGGCUCCACCGAGCGGCUCUCGGAGGCUUUCCAUCUUUGGGUUUGGAAACGGCAAGAACAAGGAACAGAAAAUGGAGGAGAAGGUCACGAAAGCUGAUGGCUUGAUGCGUCAAAGAUGGGGUCCUCCAGGCUCUCCUACAUCGGAGAUGGUGAGAAGGUACUGGAUGGCGACAAGAAUGGAACAGCAUUGGGAGUAUCUCCGAGCGCACCAUCCUAGGCAAUUCAAGAAAUACCUGGGUAAAGGUUACAUGGAGCCCAUACCUACGUCCUGGGUCCAGAACAGACAGCUGGCGUACCUCUAUCCGGAACCCUCAAAUUGGGAAACGCCAGCAGAGAAACGAUUGUACUACCUGCUCAACAAUGGGGUCAUGCCUGACGGAUCAAUGCAUCCAGUGUUACGACCACUUAAUAUCAAUAGAGAUAUGUACACCAUUAUCCGACGAGGCAACGAGAGGAAUGCCAGACAAGUCCAUCUCAAUGCGCAGAAGCUAGCUCAAUACCAAAGCCCGGGUGACGUUUUCCAGAGUGACAAGGAUAUCAAAUCGCAUCGCUACUCGGAUCAGGUACCCAAUACCGUUUACGAAGCCCGGACGGCGGCAUUGCACGAGCUUGCUGAAGGCAUCAUACACGGCACAGACCAUCUUGAGACCAUGCUAUUGAUUGAUGUCUCGGGAUCAAUGACGUGGAAUCCUCAUGGAGGCAUGCUGGGGCCCGAUGGGAUUCUACGAUUCCACGACCAGCCCUCCAAUAUACUCCUCGUGCAACAUCUCGUCCACAGAGUAUUACACCAUAUGAUCCCUCGACAACAGAAGGAGCAUUCCACCCAGCUAGGCAUCGACACCGUGACGUUCUCGAGCUUUGGUAGAUACGUGGGUCAGAUAUCUGCAGAUCGCUUUACACAGGACUGGAACAGACAGGUCCAGCUGGGCGGCGGUACUCAAGUCAUGCAAGGUUGGCAAACCGUCAAAGCCACAUAUUUCCAGCACCAGCACGAGAGCUACGGUCAUGGCAGGUGGGACCCUGUAUUUGGAUGGCAAGCUACGCCCGGCAUGCCCAAGCUGUCACUACUGGUCUUCCUCGACGGCGAGGCUACGGAUAUGGAUGAAUUCGAGCUCGAGCUGCUGGGCGAAACAUGGGCGUACGUGACGAUUGCGCUGGUCGGGAUGGAGAACUGCCCGCAUCAUCAUUCGCAUGCUAUCGAGCUGGAGCGGGUUGCCAAGUUCAACCCGCAUGUUGGCUUCUUCGAUGUGCAUGGGAGAGUAUGUGAGAGGAUGGUUGUGGAAGAUAUACUGAGCAGUGUCUAUCCUGUAGACCCACCCUCAUACAGUGAGAUCCUCAAGCCAGAGUACGAUCUGCCACCUGAAGAGCUGCCGAAGUAUUCGGCGUACUGA